CAAAGAAAUCCUGAUUCCCAUCAAACAAGCAUUGAAAACCUAUUAUAAAUAUCGCCAUCGCAUCUCUAAAUUUCGUACCAUCGCAUUGGAAUUUCAUUUGUCUGUAGCGUUUCUUUACCCCUUCUAAAAUCCAAUGGCAAUGGCGAUUCUUCGCCCCGAAGAGUGUGUAGGUAAUCGUUUACGCCACGAAACCCUGCGCCUAGCUCGUCCUAUGAGAUCUCCUGGAAUCCCUAACCCUGACACGAUCAAACCUAAAUCUAGCAAUGGUGGUUCUAACGCUCGUCGUAGGAAGAGGAGUUCAGCUGGGUUCCAAUCGAAUAACAGAAGACAAUCCGAAUCCAUGGUGGUCAAAUCGCCUGGGAAGAAUCUGGUGAUGGGCGAGGUCAAGAUCCUUAAACGCGGGGAAAAGUUGAUCCCCGCCACUCAGAAGACAAAUCGUGCAAGGAUCCACGGAUCGAGUGGUGAAGAGGAGUCUGAUUUGGCGUUGGGGUCCACGAACCGGUUGGGUCCAGAUCCUGAAACGAUGCAAAAGCAAAUUAAGCUCAAGGAAUUCAAGAUUUGUAACGAUACUUUUGCCGGUUCUAAUUCUGUUUCGCCGCCGCCCAGUUCGCUUCCGGUCCCUGGUUUUUUGGGAAAGACCGAAAGAACAUCCUCGUAAUUGUUGCGGCGAUCAUUAGAGCUGGUUUCUGUAUGAUUUCCAUUAGAAAAAUCAGGAGAUUGGAAUUAGCUUUGGGUUUACUGUGGAAUUUAUUGCUACUGUAUCGCAUAUUCUUCCUUUAUUUUUUCAAGAGGAAGAGUACUGAGGAAGGAGUAGAAGAAUCAGUACUAGUCAGUGCCUUCCGUCGUGUCUUUGUCUGCUUGAUUAGGUGAUUGUUUGUCUAGUGAAAGACAUGUAUUUAGGUAUUGCGUUGUUUUUCCAUGAUUCAAUAUGUACUGCCAAUUAUCACUUUGAUUUGGUGUAACUACUAUUAAUUUAGUGAUAUUGUUGUAGGCUUAGUAGAGAAACUUGCAACCUUCCUUUC